CAGAAAUUCCUGCUUCAACAGUUUUCAAAGGAAACUGACUGACAAUUUAAAAAAACUGAAGUCGGAUGAUUAUUCAUCCAGUUCUGAUGACGAGGAUGACUUUCUUGAUGAAAUGAUUUUUAAAAAAAAAAUAGCCUUCCCAGAAAUUUUCCAUAUGUACAGUUUUAAAAUUCCACCCGAAGAAAUCGAGCAUCCUAAUACACAGUGUUCUAAUUGGCCUAAAGAAGCAGUGACCUCAAGCAUUUCUGAACCACCUGAAAUUAAGGAAAAAACAAAAAUUGCUCACUUGAAGGGUCUUGAGAAUUUGAAACUGGAAGGUGCUAAUGUUCAAACUGAAGAUUCUAUUAGCACUGCUUUUGCUUAUGAGGACAUCAUGAAGAAAUCUGGUGCAGAAAACAUGGAAAUUGAAUCUGAUACAGUUGAGAAAACACCUGAUCAGAACAAACAUUUAGACAAAUUGACUGAAACCCUCCCUGCUCUUAAUGGGAGAGACAAAGAGGAAGAAAAAGAUGACUUUCUCAAACGUCAGAUGGCUUUCUUUGAGGACAUCUCAUCGGAGUCUGACAGUGGAGAUACAAUAAUAAUGGAAAGUUUAGACAAAGAAAAUGUCACUGUGGGGAACACCUUAGGGUAUUCUCCAGUUCCAACAUUGUCAGCUGAAUACAAUUUGGAUAAGCCUUCUGACUGCACUGCUAUUAUCAAUGUACCUUCAUUAGAGCCUAGGCUGACACCAGACCACUUGCAAGAACGUAAAAAGGGG